UCGCUCAACGUGGUGGUUUCUCUAGUAUCUCGUAAGUCCGGGUUCUUUCUGCAUCGCGGCAAGAUGGGUAUCUCCCGGGAUCAUUGGCAUAAGCGGAGAGCUACUGGAGGAAAGAGGAAACCUCUCCGCAAGAAGAGGAAAUUCGAAUUGGGACGUCCAGCUGCGAACACCAAGCUUGGACCACAGCGAAUUCAUACUGUCCGUACACGUGGGGGCAAUAAGAAGUACAGAGCACUUAGGUUGGAUACAGGAAACUUUUCCUGGGGCUCUGAGUGCAGUACCAGGAAGACUCGUAUUAUCGACGUUGUAUACAAUGCGUCCAAUAACGAGUUGGUACGAACCAAAACUCUGGUGAAGAACGCCAUUGUCACCAUCGAUGCUACGCCGUUCAGGCAAUGGUACGAGGGUCAUUACGUAUUACCCCUGGGCCGCAAAAGAGGUGCUAAAUUGACGGAAGCUGAGGAGGAAGUGCUGAAUAAGAAGCGUUCUAAAAAGGCGGAAUCCAAAUACAAGGCCAGACAGCGAUUUGCCAAGGUUGAGCCAGCCUUGGAAGAACAGUUUGCAACAGGACGUGUUCUUGCUUGUAUCGCAAGCAGGCCUGGUCAGUGCGGUAGAUCCGACGGUUACAUCCUCGAGGGCAAGGAACUCGAGUUUUAUAUGAGGAAGAUCAAGAGCAAGAAAGCUAAAUAAUUAUAAUUAUGGUACAUUAAUAAAAAACAUCUUGAAAUCUGAAACAUCUUA